GCCGCCCCGCGGGAGCCGGGCAGGGCCGGGCCGGGCAGGGGGUGGGGCGGGCUCGGCCGGGCGGAGAGCGCGCUCGGCGCGGCCAGAGGAGCGCAGGAUGUCGGCGACUCUCUACGUGCUGUCCACGCUGGGAGGAUACGUCCUCACCUCGGCGCUUCUCCUCAAGUGCCCGGGGCUGCUCCACCGGCCCAAGCGGCAGCGCUUCCGCUGCCGGCACAUCUCGCACCGCGGCGGUGCUGGAGAGAACCUGGAGAACACGAUGGCAGCCUUUCACCAUGCGGUUAACAUCGGGACGGACAUGCUGGAGCUGGACUGCCACCUGACCAAAGAUGAGCAAGUGGUCGUGUCCCACGAUGAGAACCUGAAGAGAUCAACGGGAGUCGAUGUCAACAUAUCCGACCUCAAGUACUCUGAACUCCCACCGUAUCUCUGCAAGCUGGAUGUCACGUUUCAGAAAGAAAGUCACAGUGAGGGAAAAGACAACCGCAUUCCGCUCCUGAAGGAGGUGUUCGAGGCGUUCCCACAAACCCCUGUCAACAUUGACAUCAAAGUGAACAACAACGUGCUGAUCAGAAAGGUUUCAGAGCUGGUGAGUCAGUAUAAACGAGAGCAUUUGACAGUAUGGGGGAAUGUCAAUUACGAGGUUGUAUCCAAGUGUCUUAAGGAGAAUGCUGACAUUCCCAUCAUCUUCUGCUUGCAACGUGUCCUUCUGCUUCUGGGCCUGUUCUACACUGGUCUGCUGCCAUUCAUUCCUUUCAAGGAAGAAUUCUUGGAAAUCCCCAUGCCUUCCAUCAUCCUCAAACUGAAAGAACCAGAAAAGAUGACAAGAAGCCAGAAAUUUAUUGUCUGGCUGGCUGACACACUGCUUAUGAGGAAGGCACUUUUUGACCACCUCACUGCUCGGGGCAUUCAGGUAUAUAUUUGGGUACUGAACGAAGAGCAAGAAUACAAGAGAGCGUUUGAUCUGGGAGCAACUGGAGUCAUGACAGACUAUCCGACAAAGCUCAAGGAGUUUUUGCACAACUAUCCCGUGUAAAUAGAGGAAAACAAGGAAGACCUUGCAGAAUAGAUGGAGCCAGGAAAUUUAGUCAAAAAAAAGUUGAGCAACGUACGCAAAUCACGUUGUCUGGAAGGUGAUCCUUGACCUCGUUGUCAGGUUGCUACCUAAUGUAAAGGCUGUCUAUUUAUUUUAAGACUUUAAUUACAUAGUUUACGUUUGUAAAUAGAUCAUUUAGCAAAGGUGCACUUCACUAAUAGUUGUGACUAAGAAGAAAGUUGCUGGAUAGGAUACCUGUAGAUAAUAAGUGUUGUUUUACCAGUCACAAGUGUUCCUAAGCAGAUGUCAAGACACGUCAAUGACUCCAAUUAUAUUUUAGUGUGCAGAAACUAAAGAAUUUCUGAAAGUGUACCCUUUGUGUAGGUAUUGCUUGUGUUGCUUUUACUUUUAGAUAACUCGUAGGGUGAAAAAGAAACACAACGCACAGGAGAAAUAGGAAGCAGAAUCUGUGGAUAGCCAGACAGUUCAGCCUGUGAAUGUAGUCAGGAAAAGCAGUCACUUUUUUCUUUCUUUUUUUUUUUUUUUUUCUUUUGAAACCAAAAUUAACCCACUUGGUCAGUGUAGAUUUACUCAAUUAUUCUCACCGAUAAGAAUGUUGAGCUCCAGUUACAGCUGUAUUUAGACUUCUUUUUGAUCUGAUGGUAACACAGUGACUUACUGGUCAAGGUCUAGAUACAGUAUUUAAGCUUGCUUCUGAGUUUGCUUAGUUCUUCUGCAGGGAUCCUGGUGUGCCCCUGGUUCUCACCUGCCUGUCAGCUUACCUUGGCAUGGCAGCAGCGAGCUUCCCAGGGAGGAAGAUUGCACUUGGCAUAAAUUUAUUUCAAAGGAAGUGAAUCUUUUCACAAAGGAAACUGCUGUUUUAGAAGUCUUGUGCACUUUUGUAGUUCUAACACCUCUUGUCUUGAUUGAUGGGAAGCUGUUUUUCAGAUGAGGGACCAAAGAAGACUUUAAAUUUGGUCAGGAGUUUUAGGAACAACUUCAAAGGUUUGUUUUAAAUGAAUUCACCCAAAGCAGAUAGAUAUAUACCUGACAGAGGAGCAGGUAUCAGUCUAGGAUGUCUGUAAGUUCUAGUCUUUUUUUUCUCCACAUUCAAUAUUGAUGAAGUUUGUGGGCAUGGACUCGGAAGUAAUUUUACCAGCAAAAGCCAGGAAUCCCUAAGUGUUAUGGGUUGGGGAUGGAUAGGAAUGUAUUUUUAGAAGCUGAGUGCUGUUCUGCCACUCUGAACAGAUGCUCUGUGUGUCAGGCAGAUUUGAGCCUGCGAUGCCUCUGUGUUUUGGUGUUGUCGUGUCAGGGUUUUUCAGAAAGAAUUUGACUGUUUUAGCUUAAUUAUUCACAAUGACACAUAUAGAGCUCAGUCAUCUAAUCAUCAGGUGGUGCUGCUGGAACACAGCUAUUGUGUAGUGAUGGUAGUAUCUAAUUCCUUAAGGACCUUCAUGUGAAAAUGAUCUCAUUUAAUAAUAAAUACAGUAGCCAGGACAAGAGUAUAUUCACUGCGAGAUAUACUUGUUAUUCUAAAAGUUUUUAAAGUAAUGAUGGUUUUUCCCUUGCUAGCUCAGACUUGGAAGGGCUCUUGUUUCACUGCAAGGCUGCUGUGCCAUACCUGUAACUGUGGAGCAUCUUUGCUAUUUCAUUAUGCCCGUCCAUUGUAGAAUGUCAAGUCCAUCUGAAUGGAUAAUACUCAUUUGAUUAUCACAAUCACAUUUGUGCAGUGUCCCUUUAAGAAAAGGGAAGUUCCUUUCCAAGGAAUUCUUAUGGAUGAAGUAGAAGACACUGCUGCAUUUACAGUUUAAUUGAACCUGUGACAGUGGUGGCAAGUGAGUUAAUGGUGUCUUUCUAAAUGUCUGCCUAGUUAAGAUGGCUGUAGAUUCAAUUUCCUUUUAGUGUAAUCAGGCUUGUUGUAUAUUGAAUGGCUGAGAGGAAAAUGUAACUUCCUACCUGCUCAUAGGAAUAAGGAUUACAUGAUUUAUCAUGUGCUGUGCUGCUUGUUUCCACUUCGGACCAGUUAUGCUGUGGUCAGGUAACUGCUAAUAAUCAAUCUAGUCAUAUUUCUUCCUGUUUUCUAAUAUUCACAGAGUAGUUUUAGAAUAGGCUCCACAUGGAUCUCAAUAGGUAAAUGAAAAACUUCUACCCUCCCUGUUUGAAUUUGGUUUAGUAUUCAGUUAUAGCUCCAGAUGCUAAGUUUUCAUGCAGUACGUUUUUGUUCUGCUCGAUUUUAUUGCUGUCAGAUUUCCAACAUGCACAUCUUCAUUAAGAUGCAAAUACAACUCUGGCUUUAGAGGAUGCUACCAAAUAGCACAGGUUACAACUUCCCUUAGGCUAGGAAUAGCUGAGUUUUAAAAUACCACUCCUGAAUUCUGGACUUGAUCUCUCAUGGGACACAUGAUGACUUAGUUUUUUCUCUCAAGUUUUCCUCAUUGCUGCGUAAACAAACUAUUUUGCUUCAUUCUAUACUGAACGACAAAACACUGCUAUUAAAAUGGACUUUGUUUUUACGUUGUAAUCUAGCUGUUUUGCUCUAGCAGUGGUGUUGGGAACUUGUGCCUUCAAAGAUGCUCAACACAUUCUUCAACCACUGCUCUUCCUACGUCUGAUGUAGCUUUUGACUGUGCUGCUUGUACAUGAGCUCUCUUUGAUAAAUCUGCACUUAAUACCUGAAAAUUAAAUAAGAUGUAUAGAAAAGAGGGGCUCAGUGCUGAAAAAACCGCUGAAUUUGUUCAGUCGCUCAUUUGGACUACAGUACAAGAGCUAAAGUUUGAUGUGUUGAGACAGAUAACAUUGUAUGGAAGAAGCCAUGAAUCUGAGCACCAAUUCCCAAGGCUUAGGCCAUGAUAACUACUUGUAACACAACAACACGGAAUUGAGGGAGCUGUAGAGUGUUUGUUCCCAAUUGUUUUACUUUGAAUGUUCCAUAGCUUGCCAUGUGAUUUUUAAACCACUUGUACCGAAAACCACUUGUUGAGGUCUUGCUCAGCCAUCCAGGAGAGGAUGUUCAGUUAAUUCCUGUCUCCCAGGAGAGAUUUUUUUCUUCCCUUUAGGGUAAUUUUAACUCUAAGUAUCGUUUAAUACUUACUGUGUUCUCAGUCUUUUGCAAAGUACUUGAUGUACGAAGGACGAUGCUCGUAUUCCAUGCACUUUUAAUCUGCAGAAACAGUUUUGGACCUCUCUAGCUCAAAAUCUGUGAAGUGAUUUUUCUUUUCUUGUAAGGAAAGAUUGAAAUGUGACACACUCAAAUAUCUUUGCUCAUAAAAGAUCUAAAACUAAA